GUUUCUUUCGUUUAUGAUGGCGAUUUUGUUUUCCUUACAUUGCGUGUGAUUUUCGGCUUACACUUCAACAUUUGAUCAGAAUCCAAAGUCAACAAUGUCGAUUGAAGAAGGCCGAAUUACGAGUCGUGCCACCCCGACGAGCAAGGGGGAAAAGACUCGCUACAUUCGGCCUGUAGAAAGACAGAGAAUGCGCCCAUGGUUGAUUGAGGCCUUGGAGAAGGAUGAUGUUCCCGGACUUACUUGGCAAACUAGAAACCAGGGCAUCUUCAGAAUCUCUUGGAAACAUGCUGCCAACCAAUGUUUCCAUAUGCAAAAUGACACAAACCUCUUUGAAAGAUGGGCAAUACAUACAGGUCGUCAUGAUGACAGUGAUCAUAAACGCUGGAAGGCAAACUUCAGAUGUGCACUCAACAGUUUACCUGAUGUGAUGGAGCUAAAAGAUCAUGGGGUGAAGAAAGGGAGUAAUGCCUUCAAAGUGUAUAAGUUUCUUGAUGAGAAAGAAACAAAGGCCAACCGUGAAAACAAGGCUCUGGCUAAGAUUAAGAAAGAAACAACGUUCACUUCUGUGCCGGACAGACACACAUAUUUGAAGUCCAGUGAGUCAGGAGACGAAGCAUCCAGUGCUGUGGGUGGUAUCCCGAACCUUUCCUGCCUUGUGCCAGCCUCGUCUGAUGAGAUGUUGGUUGAUGCAGGCGGAGACGAUGAUGCGGGAAGUCUUGAUCACCUUCAGGAAAUACUUACUGCUGCAACAGCAUCGCUUGCUGAGGGCAUAGAUGCCUCUGCCCUGGAGCAAAUCUCCAUCGAACAGCUGAGCCGCAUGGGCGAGGUUUCGAAGAUGAAGCUUGACAUUCGAGACUCCGAACAGAGUGAACCAUCUGAGCCAAUGUAUGUAUACCUGUGCAGCUGGUGUAAGAAGGUGUUUCCCUCUCGUGUUGAGCUAUUUCAACAUUUCCUGGUUGAGCACCAGGAGCGGCUCCUUGCAAGGGAGGAGUACCAUCAGGAGGGUUCCAAUCUUCAGCGUGAGAUUGAAGACCUCGAGAAAAAGGUGUUUAACUUCACAAGGGAAAAAUUCAAGUCCAAGGACUCUGGCGAGGUGAUAGAAGAUGGGCAGGUGGUAGACAUAAGUACGACCCACAUUAUGACCAGCCAGGACGUCUACAUAGAGGACCAGGCCCUCGACCUGACUGUCACCCCAGCCCAUGUCCCCACUGUCAUCAGGCAAGAAGUUGCCCUUGACCUGUCAUCUGGGGCCAUUGGCAAAAAGCAUAAGUUCAUUGUAACUGCCAGUCCCAGUAAGGGACAAACAAAAGUGAUUGCGAAAAAACGAAGGUCUGGAGCUCUUGAUAUGGACUAUAUAAAAAAGUUUGAUGAAUUUGGAAUGGUCGGAAAGGCUCAGACGAAGAGACAGCUAUCACUGGUGACCAAGAAGAAGGAGGAAAAAGAGAAGAUGAAGAAAUCAGAAGGAGGGAAAAAAGAUGUGGAUCCUGCUUCUCAACAUUCGAUGGAAGAUAUAGCUCAUGCUGAGAUACUGAUAAGUCUUAAAAGUGCCGCAAAUGAGGAUGAAGAAACUGAUGAUGCUGAGGAAGAUGCUGGAGAUACGGACGAGGAUAGUGAGAAAGGGGAAAAGACACAAGCUGCAAAAGGAGUUAAAAGGGCUAGAGCUGACGAUGAUGAUGAGGAGGACGAAGAUGAAGAUGAUGCGGCUAAAGCUUUCAGAUGUGGUAUUUGUUCCAAUACAUUUUCUGAUGCAGCUACACUGUAUGCCCAUGUUACAGAGCACAAGAAUGAAUAUAAAUGUGGAAUAUGUAAUGAAGUCUAUGAUGAUAAAGACAACUAUGUUCAACAUCUUGUGACUCAUGUUCCUUCAGCUGAACUAUUGCAGGAGGCAAAUAAAAGCCCGCCCAAAGAACACAAAUGUAACUUUUGUGAAAAAGCAUUUCCAUCUGCUAAAAAACUUGAGAAACACAAAACUGAACAUUAUACAAUCAUAGCCAUGAAGACUAAAGGUGACAAAGUAGCUAUGGUUGUUCAUCCAAAACAAGGCAAUGAUGAGGCAGACACAAGAGUGGCGUUAAUUCACCAAAAACAAGCUAAUGAAGUGCCGGAAACAAAAACAAAUCCUGCAGGAGAAAUCGAAAAAGAAGCAGAAGUAAAAAAAAAGUCUGUACCUGUUGACGGUAACCAAGAUGUCUACAUUGUAUAUUCUUCUGAGGGUGGGGAUAAAGUGUGUGAGGUAGUAACAGCACCAAGUGAAACUUCAAGUGAACAUGAAGGAAUGGAGGUAGAGAAAAAUGCUGAUACUGAUUCGGUUGAUGGAAUGCAAGCAAAGAUCGAGCUCAGUAAGGCUGGAUCUAAAGAGAUCAAUGAAGGUACAAAUCGGAAGGCUGUUAAAGAAGAAAAGUCUCAAGAGCAAACCAAGGGUAAUGUUUGCAAAGAUGGACAAAAUGGUGAAUCUCAGCUACCGGCUUUUUCGGAGAUUGUGAAAGAUGUAGAUGAGUUCUUCAUUAAAGAAACAAAACCUCAAUUGAAGAAGGAUGUUAAGGAGGAACCUGUUGGGGAAGAUCCAGAAGAUGAAAUAGAAAGCAAAGGUGAGGAGACUAGAAAUGAGGAAGAGUUGAUGGAAAUAAUAAUAACAAAUCGAGAAGAAACCGUUGAAGAGAUUUCUGAAUAUGAAUUCAAAUGCAUUAUUUGUAAAGAAGAACAUGACACCCAACAAAAGCUUAAUGAACAUAUGAAACUGCAUUCAAUAUUUGAGCUGGCAAAUGCAAAAGGCUCAAUAGAAGGAAAUGAGAAAACCAGCACUGAAGGGGAGAAGAAGUCAAAGGUGUUCAUAUGCAAAUUGUGUGGAUCAAACUUCAAUCAGUUCACAGAUUUGAAGAAACAUGUAGCAAGUCACUUAGAGAAGUCAAAGAAGAGGGAAGUCAAAGAGGGAGGUCUGAAAGAAACUGUACCAAGAGCUAAAAGAGGAAGACCACCAAUUCGAAAAGUUCCAGGAAUGAAAGAAGGAAAUGAAACAGGACGUACUGCAACUUCAAAGCAAAAAGCUAAGACAGAUCAAGCAAUUAGUGAGAAGCUACAAGGUGGUACUAGCAUUCUAGCUGCUGCUCUCAAGAAAGGGCCAAAGUUUCAACUAUCUCCUGCCCUAUUUGAGAAAACUAAAGGAGCUGUAGAAAAGGUUGAUGAAAGGGGUGAUGCUAAGCCAAAAAUAUCCGAAAUUAAGAAAAAACUUGAAGCUCCUCCAAAACCUGCUAUAGUUUCUGAUACAAGUGAACCUGAGAAAGAAUCAUUUGUUGAGACAAAAUCCUCCAAUAGUACAGAGAUAGUGACUGAGCAGAAUGAAGUUAAAGUCAAUGAUUUAAAGGAAAAGAAAGAAGAUGAAAGUUUUGCAUCAAAGUUGCUCGUUCAAGGGGUAACUUCAUACCUUCAAAACAAAGAUGGCACAAUCACUCAGGAGCAGAAAAUUGAAUUUGUCCCUACACCAAUAGCUAGUAUGCCUAUGCCAGCUGUUGUUACUCAAAACAUAAGUAGUAUCACAGCAACUAACCCACCAGCCAAAUCUCCACAAGCUGCUAAUAUUCCAGUCAUUAACCCAGCAGUUAUUUCAAACCUUGUAACUAUGGGUAAUAUCACAAGUAUUGGGAACCAGGCAAUAAACAUUGCAGGAAAGGUUGCUCCGGUCAAUCAACUUGGUCCAGUUAGAAUUAUGACAGCAAGUGAUAUUAAAAAUGCAGCACCACAGCAAGUUAUCUUUUUGAAACAAGGAACCCCGCUUCCGGUGCAACUAGCCACCCAGUUGAGUGCUUUACAACAGAGCGUUAUGACCGCCCCACAGAUGCCAACCUUGCAGCAAGUAAGCCUUCCUGUUACUCAUUUUGGCGGACUUCAGCCAACUGCAAUCUCAAUUCCUCAGCUGACCCAAGUCCAGCAGACAACGAUAUCCAUUCCCCAGCAGACAGCUGUUCCUGCAACUGUUAUGCAGUCAGCUGUUCCAAAAACUGGUGCUACAAAGCCAGUAUGGACACAAUAUGGAUGGAAAUCUCAAAAAUCUCAGGCUGGUACUGCACCAACAGUGAAGCAAAUGAUAUCCGCUCAGAAGUCUGCUGCAAUGAAAACAGGCCAAGGUCACAAAACACCAACUGUUCUUCCAGUAUCAUUUGUAAAAUCUCUUGGCACUGCUACAGGCAAUAUCACCAUAGCUAGUGUGGCACCUGUUUCAUCUCCCAAACCCGCAGUAACGAUCCCACCCAAAAUUACAAUCCCAUUGUCAGCUUUGCAGGUGCUCCCAGCUGCUUCUGUGGCAACAAAUGAAACUACAGCCUCUACAACAGUUAAUCCAGUAAUUGCUGAACACACUGAUGCAAAUUCAAAGGUGAAUCCCCAGGUACAAAGUAACCUUUUGAACAUGGUACUGGCAAGAAUGGGACAGGCUGGAUCAAACGUUUCUGUUAUUACUACAGCAGCUACUUCUGUGGCUGCUUCUAUCAGUUCAACAGGUCCUACAAUUACUGCUGUAAGCUCAGAGGCUUUUAAAACAGCUGUUGGUGGGAAGUCAUUGUUGACGGCUUCUGUGUUGGCAGGUUCUUCUGACGGUAAAGCUACUGGGCAGUUCACAAAGGAGGAGUUGCUUCAGCAAGCGAAAUCACUGCAGUUAAAAGACGGUCUGUUUCUGUUCUGUAGUAGGUGUAAGCAAGCCUUGACAUCACUGGAAGAAAUGUCGGCUCAUGUUUGCAAUGCAAACAAGGUCACAAGUCAAACUCCCAGUCCAUUGAGUGGAAUCAACCUAACCAAUGUUCCCUCGACCACUUCUGAACCAGCCCAGAAGGUGCAGAAAACAUUGACAACAGAUGAUGUUGCAGCGGCAAGAAAUUCAGCCCCCUUGAAGUCUGGAAUGACUGGUACAGCUGUAGCUGCAAGUAGUCUUCUUACAAGUCAGCAGAGCAAUGUUGGAUAUGGAAAGAAUAGCAGAUGUCAGCAUUGUGUUGGUGAUCCAGUCUCUGUAGGGUUUCAUCAACUGAUAGCUCACAAUAACGAGUGCAAGAUCUGUUAUGCCAGAUUGAAGAAAGUGGAAGUCUAUCAGCAUGCAAAUAUCCACUGUAUGAACGUCAUGAGGAAUUGUAUUCAGUGCUUAACAUGUAAGGACAUUUUUGUAGCCAUGGACUUGUAUAAUGAUCACAAAGACCACUGUGACAAAAAUGCUGAGUAUACAACAGUAAAUCACCCACUUGUUAAGUGUCAGGGGUGCUCUCUUCAUUUGAAGAGCACAAAUAUUGUACUGUGGCAUGUGAAAAAGUCUCAUAUUCAGCGUGUGUGGUAUUCGUGCAGCAUUUGCGACAAGACUUUCCAAUUCUGGAAAGAUGUAAAAUCAUCCGUCAUGGAACACAUGCAGCUUGAAAAUGGUGGCAAUCCACCUGAUAUUAGCUUCUGUCACUUUUGUAACCUUGUGUUUAAGGACACCACAGAUAGGGUAGCCCAUGAAAAAACCCAGGAACAUACGAAGAAUUAUUUCAUGAAAGUUAAAAAUCUCGGAACUGUAAUUGUGUCUGGAAAGUCCCAAGGUAUCGUAUUUCCAACAUCUUUUGAAACUAGCAACAUUGCAGACGAGCAUCUUAGAAUAGCUGAUAAGCCUGAAGCCAUGAAUGAAAUUGUUGAUGACAUUUGUUGCAGGGAAUGUAGUUUGCGCUUUAAGUCCUUGUUUCAGCUGAGACAACAUAGGGUAAUAAGACAUGGGGAGGUCAUGAAGGGUCGUCCCAAACUUCCUCCGGUUUUGAACACAUGUGAAGCAUGUAGAAAGACUUUUUUAGUGCCAUAUAGGUUGAAAAAACACCAGGAGGUGUGUCACAAAUAUAUUCAGAGUAAAUUUGGUGGUGCUAGCACAAACAAUAAACAAUCGGGAGUUGAAAUUGUGACCAGUAAGACAAAUGCCACAGAAGUUUGUGAUGAUGAGGAAAGAGUGGAAACACAAGAUAUUGAAAACAGCUAAACAUUUGAAUGACUUUUAAGAGAAUUUAUAGGUACUGUAUUGAUAUUGUAAAUAGUAAAGACUGAAAACUUUUUUGAAAGUUUAUCAAAAUUUAUUGCUGUAAUAGUUGCAUUGAACAUACAUAAACGGGUACUAGUAAAAUAUUUCAAAUUUAACAUAAUAUACAACAGUGUACCUGUAUUACUGCAGGUUUUCAAUUGGAAUAUUAUAACAGCUUUAAAUAGUGCUUCAACAUUGAUGCUUUAAGGCUAUGUAUUAGUAUACGUAUGAAGUGCUGUAAAUACUGAUUUUUGUGUCACCUGUGUAACAGGGUAGACCCAUGGGGAUCAUGUUGUCCAUCCUCAUCUGUGUCAGUGACUUUGCUCUUAAAGAACCCAUUUUGACUUAGACAUUUUUUCUUCAAUCAUGGCAAAACUUGGUAGCGAUGCUUAUUGGCAUAAUAUCUCAUCUGAGUUUGAUUACCAGUCAGAUUGCCAUUGACAAAAUGAUUGGCAUAUUACCGAUAGGCGACACACCUGAUUCAUGACUCUAGAUUAGCCUCGUGACAGGUGUAUAUUACAUACAGAGCAGGCAUGUGGAAAUGUAUUCAACUUUAUCUUGGAAUGUAGUAGUUCAUAUUCAUUUGUUUGUCUUCAUUAACCAGAACUUAACCAUUGCAUAAACCAUUUAUUGGGAAACUACUAUAUGACCAGUGCUCCAGCUAGCCCGUUUUUCAAUGGCGCAGCGCCCGUGCCCCUUUUCUUACCGCCCUGCCCCCUUUUUGAGUAUUGCCCUUUUCACAAAUGCUCUAUUAGCACCAAUUAUCCCGUUUGUGCCCUUUUUACUAUUGAAAUCAUUAUAAAAGAUCGGCAGCCCUUAAUCCGCUGUCAUAAUUGAGACAAAUUACGUAAUACUUAUGAUAAUAGUGUUCCCGCUAGGUGUCACCAUGCCCCCAUUGACUGCUUAAAAUAUGCCGUACUGCCCUUUCAUCUUACCAUGUGCCUUGUCCAAGUCAUAUGACAGCUAAUUGUGUAUUUGUUUAGUGAGCAGACGACCUGUGUAUUCAUAAUCGGUCAUCUUCUAAUCCAAUAAUUAAGAAGAGACAAAUAGGGAAACAUCGGCAGGAGGCGGAGCUAUUGAAUAUCAGCCAAUCAGAAUAUACAUUGAGAAUUCGUUCAUUUAAUGAUGAAAAUUCGUAAAUGCGAUAGAAAAUGCGAAGGGAUGGUGAAAAAUGUUGUCAAGCACAAUUAAAUCUUUUAAAAUAAUUGUUAAUUGUAUUGUACUGAAGAAAAUCGUCAUUUUAACAUUGUUGAUUUGAAGCAGAGGGUCACUGCCGAUUUGUAAACAUAACAAAGGUGGCGCUAACACAAUCAAAUACUUCACUAUUUCAGUAAAUGUUUUUUAAAGUUUAUUUGUAACAUAUUAUUGAUGAAAAUGUCAUUGUAACCCAGAAAUAUAUGCUGAUGCUUUAUGUAGUGUUUACCUAUCGUGGUUAUGAUCAUGUCAAAAUUCGCCGAAACCGCCAUUUUGUCAGAACGAAUUUCGGAGUUAUUUUAUCAAUGUUCUAUGUUUUAUAAGUGAUUUUUAAAGAAAGGGCAGUGAUUUUUAUUGUCAUUUUAUUCUAAAACAUUAGCAUAUUAAACAUUAUUUUACCAAAGACAAUUAAAAACAGCCAGGCUGAAUGUAACAUUCGUACCCAAUCCCGAUCGUACCAAACUAAGAUUCGUCACCUAAAUAUUUGUUUUUUGUGUAUUUAUUUAUUUGAUUGCUUCAAAUGUUUAACUGUCUUCGAUUUUUGGAGAAAUAUGUGACAUUGCACUAAAGGAGACUCCAGACAAGUACAAUCAUACUACCACAGACAAAUUUUAAUUUUGAUAUUAUUCAAACACACCCUUCCAAAUUUGGAGAAAAAAACAAACUUUUUUUGUUCAAGUCUGGAAAUCAUGGAAAAUGAUUUAAAUUGAGUAUGAAAACAAAUCAAAUUCUAGGUGGAGACCCGCCCCCCCCCCCAACCCCCCCCCCCACAAAACAACAACAAACAAACAACCUUGUGACAGGGGUGGACCCCUCCCACAACCACCCCCAAUCGCCCCUAUACGACUCAUGUAGUUGCCCUUUUCAAAACUCCGCCCUGCCCUUUUCAAAUCCUGGCUGGAGCACUGAUGACUAUAUUCUAACUGUAACAUUGCUUUUAUUGUGGUUUGUUGUCUUUUUAUGUUUUAACUUAAUGUAUUUGUUAGUUAUAUUCUCGUAUGAAACUUAAUCACUGUUGUGUGUAAUAAACAUUAGAGAUAACUUUUUAGAAGUGCUUACCCGGUACUGUUAUAAAGACUUAAAAGUGUGCAGAAAAAUAAGUGCUCAAAACAUUUUUAGUGAAUAUUUAAGUAUGUUUCUUUGAAUUGUUACCAUGAUAAAAUAUUACUGAUUGCCUGACUCAAAGUUGAUGGUGUAUGUAAACAAAAAUACAGGUACUGUCCUACGUCAUUUUUCAAAACCGUUGCCCCAAUCCAUUUAUGGCUUGUAUAUACUCGUAUAUUUUAGCAUCAACAUAUUAAAUAUAAUGCAAUGUCAUGACAUUUUUGUAUAAAAUUUUUGCAAUGCCGACAUUGCGCUCAUACUAAGUUAUAGUGAAAAUAUAUUUGUGUUAAAUUUGGGGCUUCCUCAAUUGCAAGUUACCAUCUAUUGUACACUGAUUAAAAAAAUAAACUUUUAUGAACAUAGUACAUAGUUUAUAUGUAAAAUGUGCCCAUUGCUUGUAGAAAAUGCUUAAUGUAGACUGAUGCGCUUCACAGCUGAUCAGAUGUAUCGAUUUUCCAAAGCGUGUAAAAAUUGAUCAAUGUCAAAAAAAUGUCAUUUUCCAAUUUAAAUAUGUAUCUAGAUUAAAAUGCAUUUAACACUGUAGGAGGGCCUUGCAGCUUCAUUACUUGUUAAUGUGUUUAAUUGUUAAGCCUUGACUAACUCAACAUUUUAGUUAGAUUGUUGUCUCAUAUGAUCAUAAAAUGUAUACCAAAUCUUUGCAGCUAUAUGUAUAUUUGUUAUUGUAUGAUUAAAAUAUAUGUAUGUUAUGUAAAUGCAUGUAGAAUAAUACAUAAACUA